AUGCGGCAGAAGCAGAGGCUGCUGCAGGUAUUGGACAAGCUGCGGACCAAGCACCCUCGAGCGCAACCUGCUCGCGCUGCUUUACUGCCUUUGGGGCCCCCUGCGCGCACCGACGUCCCUGACAUCGCUGCGGCCGACGUGGUGGCAGCGGCUCGCAGCUUUCGACGUGGCAGUGCUGCUGGGCCGUCUGUCCUGCGGGGAGACCAUCUCCGAGAAGCCUUAGGUUCAGCUCAUGGAGACGAGGUUGCUGCCCAUUUAGCCGAAGUGGUGCAACUCUUGGUGCGGGGAGAUGCCCCCUUGGAAGUUGCCCCACACCUGGCUGGCGCUGCUCUCCACGCCCUGCCCAAAUACGGGGGCGAUGUGCGGCCCAUCGCUGUUGGUGAAACCUUGCGCCGCUUAGCCUCCAAGUGCCUCUGCCAGGCUGUCCGCGAACCUGCUCAGCGAUGGCUCUCCCCCCUGCAACUUGGAGUAGCUGUCUCCCUUGGUGCAGAAGCCGCUGUGCACACUGCCCGAGUGCAGCAAGGCGAUCCGCUGGGGCCGCUCCUGUUGUCUCUGGCUUUGCAACCUGCCUUGCGGGCUGUGCGCUCCGGCUCAUGGGACCAGCAGCCGGAACUUGCCUUUGCAUACUUGGAUGACGUGUGCCUGGCGGGCACCCUGCCUCAGCUCCGCACGGCCUUGGCCCGAUUGACUGCGGCGGCGCGGCAAGUUGGGUUGGCCCUGAAUGCGACCAAAUGCAAGCUGAUCACCAUGUCGCAUGACGGCCUGGUUGCUCCCUCCAGCUUCCCUGCAGGGCUUAGCAUUGACCGGUCGGGCGCUUUCACUUUGCUGGCGGCUGCCAUUGGGAGCAGUGGUUAUUGCACGGCUCACACCCAAUCUCAACGGGUUGAUGCAAGCAAGCCACUCUUGCAAGCUCUUGCGAGCCUCUUCCGCAUCAUGGUGUGCCUUCGGUUGCGGCUGCCGGUUGCGUCAGAAGAUGUCGCUUGCCCCCUAUGCAAUGCGGUUGCUGAUCGCAUGGGUGACCAUGCUCGAGCUUGCCCUUGUGGUGGAGAUCGUUUGCGCUCCAUCCUGGCUGCCCGAGCUCAAGCUGGUGGCCUCAACCCUGUCGUCGAAAAAGGUGGCCUUCUGCCCCCUCGCUUGGACUUUACCGGUGCCCCUGAAGACGGUGUGCAAGCCGGUGGUAGUCCGCAUUUGACCUGGUUGCUGCAUCUGAUUUACGACAAGGGGCUGUGGCUGCUUCUGCAGCAACAGGGGUCCGGGCUGCAGAAGACUACGAAGCUCGCAAGCGGGCUCACUUGCAGACGGCCGCCACCUGUGCUGGAGAAGGCCUCCAGUUCGUGCCCCUAA